AUGGGACUUCUCAACCCAUUAGAACCUUCGGCACGCAACACGUUCGGCACAACGUUUAGCAAGAGUCAUGAGGUGGACAAAAUAGAAAAUUACCCACGAGCAGCCCAAGGAAUCCUUGAGGACGUUCGCCGUAGGGUGUCACAAGAGCAAGACAGAGUCUCGCUCAAGAAAAACCAAGCGCUGCGGCCUAGUAACUUCAAAGUGGGUCAAAUGGUGUUAAUCAAAAAGGACGCUUACAUGAAACCGAAACCGGGACAGAAAUUCCAUUUCUUGUGGUAUGGACCAUAUGCGAUCUUGGAAGUCAUCAAUCCGAACUCGUACCGAGUGGAGACUGGGACGGACACGCUUCGUCACUGUGUGCUCAAUGCGCGGGAUUUGAAACCUUUCUCGAAGCGGGAGAAUGAUUACGGACGUAUCCCACCUUUGACUCGCGAAGCUCAGUUGGCCAACUUCAGUUGGCCAACCUCAACCAAAUUGUUGGUUUGGGAAAUCUGGAUAUGCGCCCAGAGAAAGCCCGGGUUGAAACUAUCUGAAAGGAUGCAGAAUUGUGGGAUACGAUAUGACUACCGUAUGUUUAUUUGA